ACCCAGUGUCACCUCAGAUCUGUUAGUCCAACAGCCGAUAUACAGCCGAGCUGCUGCUACAACAGAACUACUCUCAAAGGGGCCAUUAGUAACACCGUGGUGACAGUUUUCAGUCAAAAAACAGAAUGUGAGUUUUUGUCUCCGCAAUUCGGCGCACGGUGAGACCUCCAGUUAAGGGGAGGAGGAAAAGCGCCGCCGCUCAUUCGCUCUCUGAGGCAGCGUCCGCCGCACAGCAGCAACUUCAAAACACGGAGGAAACCCGGCGGAGAGGACGUGUUAGUGGGAUACCGACGACCGACGGACACUUCACCUGCCCAGUGACAUAACCAGCACACCGACAGAGCCCUGCUGGUCCAGUUCUCGUCCAUCCACUGGCUGUCGAGCUGCUCCAAGAGUCUCCGAGCUGUGGAUUGCAUCAUGAUGGGACAAUAGUGGUGGGAAUCAAAGCUAGCCCUCCUCCUCUUUCUCCACCUCCUCCCCCAUUUCUUUUUCUCUCACAGAAACCCUCCCCCCUAACAAAUACACAAACCCUGACCACUCCUCCCACGCUGGUCAUGCUCCACUCCCCCCGUCGCUCCAGCCAGUCAGGCAGAGAGUCGAUGGAGACUGUGUAAUCCUCUGUAAAGUAAAGGCCCUCUACGGCUGCAUAUGCUCCCUUUUGUCAUGGCGGCUGUUGUUGUUGCAGAGGCCUCCCUCAGGAGAGAGCAUGAGGGAGAACAGGAGGCAGCGUAAAGCUCACAAAGGAAGGACGAGAGAGCGAGAGAGGCUGCCGUUUGUUUGACCGCAGGAGAAUGAGCUUCACGUGGCAGCCGCUGGAAUUCAGUGGAGGUGAAACUACAUGAUGUGGCAUCAUCACCCCUUGCUGAACACACAUCGGACCAACAGUCAAGUCUGGAGAUAUUUGCCACCUGCUGACCAGCAGCAAGGAAUGCAGUAAAGCACACAAGUUGACAAGACUUUUUUUUUUUUUUUCUUGUGUAGAAUAUUUUUCUAACUUACCUUUUCUUGGUGAUCUUUUCAGUCACAGCCUACCAAAAGUGCCUUUUUUUCUAUGUUUUUUCUUUUUUUUCAAAACCCAUUUUGCUCCACAUUCACAGAUUAUUAACUUGACAAACACAUUGUGGAUCUCUGUUUAUCUGACUGUGUGUGUGUGGGUAGUAUCAGCCACGACACCAGCCUGCAUUAGACUUGACAAUCAUCAGCUGCAUGAGGAGUGUUCACUGAACCCCAGCAGAAUAUCAUUAAGGGUUCAGGCUGCUCCACAUCACUGCCUCCGCCGGACCGCUCCUGUUCUGACAACGCUGCGCCGUCGCCAUGGUGAGCAUCCAGUCCAAAUGGCGCUACCUCUUCAUGUUCCUGGGCAUCCAGCUGGUGGUCAUGGCGCUGCUGUCCCGAGAGGGCUACCAGAAGAGGGUCACCUACUUCAUCCGAAUCUUCCGCAAACCCGACGCAUCAGGUUUCUCGGGCCGCAACCACUCGGCAGCCGGCAUCAACGGAGGGGAUGUGUACGCCAACCUCUCCCAUCUUUCCAAAGCUCACAUCCAUGCAGAUGAGAUGCCCUACUGCCCCAAGAAGUCCCCUUUUGUCAGGGGGCCGAUCCAUGUCAGCUUCCCGUCAGGGCUCACACUGGCGCAGGUUCAGAAGAAGAACCCCCUGGUGGUGCGUGGAGGACGCUACAGGCCGCCCGACUGCGAGGCGAGGCACCGAACCGCCAUCAUCAUCCCCCACCGGCACCGAGAACACCACCUAAAGUUCCUGCUCUACUACCUGCAUCCUUUCCUGCAGCGGCAGCAGCUCAGCUAUGGAAUCUACGUCAUCCACCAGGCUGGAAAUUACACUUUCAACAGAGCCAAGUUGAUGAAUGUUGGUUUCCGGGAGGCGAUGAGGGAGGAAGACUGGGACUGCCUUUUCUUCCAUGACGUGGACCUCAUACCGGAGGACGAUCGCAACACAUACGUGUGCGACGCCAACCCAAAGCACGCAGCCAUUGCCAUGGACAAGUUUGGCUAUAAGCUUCCGUACAAGAUGUACUUCGGAGGAGUGUCAGCUCUGUCGCCACUGCACUACCUCAAAAUGAACGGCUUCCCCAACAACUACUGGGGCUGGGGCGGAGAGGACGACGAUAUUGGAAUCAGAGUGUCUCUGGCGGGGAUGUACAUCAGCCGUCCAUCACUGAAGGUGGGCCGUUACAAGAUGAUUAAACACAAGCUGGACAAAGGCAACGAUGUGAACCCAAAGAGGUUCAACAUGCUGGCGAAGACUCGUCAGACCUGGAAGCUGGACGGGAUGAACACAGCUGAAUACGAGAUAAUCUCACGGCAGUACCUGCCGCUCUACACCAACAUUACUGUCUUCAUCGGCACAGAGGCCGGUCUGCACGCAGCUCCUCCUCCUCCUCUUAAACCUGCCGGCAAAGCGGAGGCCGAACCUGCAGCCAAACCUGUAGCUGAAGUUCCUGCCAACAUCCAGGCAAAAGGCCCCGCGGAACCCGCCGCCAAACUCAAAGAGGGCCCCUCAGAGGAGUAGUGCUGAACUCCCAUCAGAACAUGCUGUAUGAUGGCGUCUUUUCUCCUCAGCGACCUGGAGUUUUUCCUCAUUUUAAGCUUUUUUCAUCAGUAGUUUGUGGAGAAUCGACAUUGUACUGCCUGCAGGCAUCUUUCAGGUGAUUGAAACACCCGAUUUAUUAAAAACAGAACUGACGACUCUCCACUUUGGUUCUCUGAAUAGUCUUCCACAGAAGCCACAGCAAAGAGAGACGGUAAAAGUUGGACUCUAUGAGUUUCUAUAUCUACAGCACUGUGGUCGCUGGUUAAACCUUGUGAGGCCUUAGAAUUUUUAUUUUUGUUGUCUUUUCACUCAUACUUUACUUUAUGUAGAAUCCUGGAGCAGCAGCUUCCAGCGGUCACUGUGCCACAACAGAGUCGGAUUUAUUUUUCUCAUCAAAACCAGUGAAGACAAGUUUGUGUUUGCAGGUGAAGCUGCUACACCAAACACGGAGCUGUUACUACUUAUCCCAUCUGUUUGACGCUUUCCCACGCAGAUCAUUAUGGUUUGCACUUCAAACAUGGACUCGAUUUUCCGACAAUCUCGGAGGUCUGAGAUAAUUUUGCCUCUUGUCAUAUUCAGUGGGAGUAGUAUAGUUCGGUUCGUCUGUGUAGUUUUCACAUUUCCUUGUGUUUCAGCAUAUCUAAUAUCUACAACAUCUGUCUGAAUUUAUCGUUUGUGUAUUUGCCAUUAAAGCUAGAGCAGGUGUUUGCGACAGCGAUCAGUCCGCUGCCUUCAGUUGAACUUGUGAUUCACAUCAAAAUGGAGUCUGUCUGUUAUUUUCUCCAUAAAUAUGCUGGUUUUGUAGCGUAGCUACUUCUGUAAAUGUACCUGAGGAGUGCUGGCUUUAACCUUCACCAAUGAAUAGAAAAAUGAGUUUCUGCAGCUCCCUGAUCACCAGGGGAGCAGCUACAUGAGAGAUCUUUAAUUGCUGUCGAUGGAAAAUAAAACUGGUUUUGAUGUUGUCACAGGAGAACGUUAGCUGUUUACAUCCCGUGUUUUUCAGACACAUUAAGAACAACUUUAUACACUCACUUCAGGUGGUUUUUGAAUUUUCCUAAAUUGUAAAGAGUUUCAUGGGUGAUGGGAACAUCGUUCCUGAAUAAGUUCUGAUGUCGCAAACAUUUGGUCACAUGGCUGAUGAGCUGUUUCUGUCUUUGUCUCCAGACAGAAUGAAACAUGGCCGACACCAGCUGACAGGAAAAAAUAAUCACAACUUUCCUGAUUAAAACCAUAUUUAAAGCUCUAAUUUUCUCUUGGAGAUGCACAAAGUUGUUUUGUUUUUUUUUCUGCAAGUUUUUUUUUUUUUUUUUGAAGUUGGCAAACAACUGGUUUUGUUUUGUCUUCUUCUACUCUUUAUAGUGCAGCAAAUGUAGCCUACAGCGCCACCCUCUGGCGACACGACGCAGCCCAGUUUAUUCACUCUAGAGCUGUUAAUGAAAAGAAAACAAGAACUUUUUUUGUGAUAUUUCCAAAAGAGCUGCAACAAAACGCAAUUAGUCGUCAACUUUUAGUCAUUUUUGAAAUAAAAACGGUUUUAUUUCGGUGAUUACAGUGUCUUAAAUGUGAAUCUUUUUUAGUUUCUUUCUCUGACAGUAAACUGAAUAUUGUUGGAUAGAACAAGACAUUCGUCAUCUUAGGAGAUUUUGGAAAACACUGACAUUUUUAACCAUUUUCUAGCAUUUUGUUUUUAUUUUUUUGACCAAACAGGUAAUUGGAUUAAUGGAGAUAACAAUAGUUGUAAUAAUCAGUUGUUGCAGCUCUAAUUUCAAAAGUUAGCUUCAAAUUCACUCAGCAUUUACAUGGAAACACGGCUACUGUGAUUUUCACACAUUUUUAUUUCACUUUUGAACAUAUCCUCCUUUGACAAAAGUCUUGUACUGAUUUAAUUAUUCAAAAGAACAAAAUUACAUCUGAAUUCUUUGCUGUAAAACCGACUGUGAGGUUUUCUCUCAACACAGACGCUGGGUCAUUUGUGAAUUUAAAUCGAAAAUCGGAGGUCUGUUACAGAUAACUUUAGUAUUUGUGAGAUAACCAGGAAUUAAACUGACUGUGUUUAGUUAUUUCAUUUCAACUGUUUAAAGAAUAUUAGUUUUGAUGAUUUCAGUAUCUGUUGACUUGAUGCGACUCUGAAAGGAUUUUUCUUUCAUUAGUGCCCGCACACUGCAUGUAGUCUGUUACAGAGGGCAAAAAAUGACUCGAGUGUAGAUAAAUGCAGUUCUGUAGAGAAAGUUACUUAAAUUAAGUUUGUGAAUUGUGUAUUUCCACACAUCAGUUCUUUAUCACGGCAUUAUUUUUUUUCUUUUUGUACUUGAGUCAUUUUGUUUUGCCCUCUUCAGUUUUGACAGAUGUGAUUGUGAAAAAGUCCCUUUAUCCAGCAAGAGGCAGAAACCAAAGAUGAAGGCACUGAAAACUGUGACGAAGGAUUUCAAAAAAAAAAAAAAGGAAACAUCUUGUGAAUGAUUUGUUGUAAAUCUGUCUUCAGAAAUUUCACAAACCACAGGUGAUAUGUAUUUUUUGAACUCUGUAGUGAUUUUUUUUUUUUAUCUCCGUGGAGGUGUGACAGGUUACCAGUGAUUUUCAGAAAUACAUGUCUGUAUACUGUGAUAUCGUUUUGAUGUGAAGACAUAUUCAGCAGCUCCUUCGGCCUUUAGCAGUGCACACAAUCUAACAGCAGCUGUACAUCAGGAGUAGAUCUGCAUGGCAACAAGCCUCUUAGCAAUGGUUUGAAUAUGAUGCAUAUCAGAGCUCAUCUCAGCAUGCUGAAGUGUGUGUGUGUUGUGAAUUGAAAUCUGUUACUUUCAUUGUAAAUGAACCUGACGCUGCGACCCAGAGUCACGGCAUUUGGUUCAUUUAUCUAAAAUGUUUGCUUUGAUUCGACUCCGUUCUGAUGUGGAUCAUCGCGGGCUGGUACUGAAGCUGCACGGGGCAAUGACUUUGUGAGUUAUUUUUGCUCUCCUUAUGAAUUCUGCACAGUCCAGAGUGGCCUUAAAUCCAUCAAUAAAGUGAUUAUUCAAAAUAAA